UUAACUGAACAAAUGCUCGAGUGCCUGCUGUGUACUGAGCGAGCGCUGGGCUGUGCCUGGGAAGUCCCCGCCCUUCGGACAAACUGCACAGCACACCGUUACCUAGUUACUGCUGCUCGAAGGAAACGCGGGGUGCCAGUCGGGGAAGGGGAGGUGAUGCUUGAGUUGCGCUCCAGGAAUGAUUAAGGAUGAGCUUGGAGAAGGGGGUGCUGGUGUUUCGAGCAGAGGCAGUACUGUGGACAAGGCCAUCGAGGGGCUGAAAGGCCAGCGUGGCUGGAGGGCAAGGGGAAAGCAGGUGUGGCUGUGAAGUGUGCAGGGACCAGAGUGGACAGGCCUUGUAGGCUGCGGGGAGUUGGGUACACAGGGCAGAGAAAGAUGAGGUUGGGCCUGAUUGGGGACGGCCUGCUGGCCAUGCUGAGGAGUCUAGACGUUAUCCUCUUGGCUCUAGCAAGCAGAGGGGGUUUGAAGCAUGGCAGGGAUAUGAUUAGCACUGUGUUCUAGAAAGGUUCCCCUGGCUGUCGUGUGAGGGUUAGGCCCAACUGAGUUUGGAGGUAAAGUUUGGAGAGGAAGUGGCUGCAGUGACUAAAGUGAGAAACACAGGGGAACAGUGUUGUGUGGAGCUUGUGGCAGCCACUGAAAUUCAGCAAAGAGCCUGGCACACAAAAGGACUUUGAUAAAAGGCUUGAAUUUGCUGAGAAGAUGAGGCCCGUGCAGGAGGCAGCAGGGUCUGCAGACUUUCUACUGCCGUGACCACUGAGUGACCUUAAACCAGUCCCCUCCUCUCUGGCGCGUCUUUUCCUCAUGUAUCGUAAAGUGAGUGAUACCUCCUCUCCUAGCGGUAGAAGAGAGACCCUCCAAGGGAGGUUUCCAGAAAGAGCUGCUUCGGUCAGCGCAGCCCAGCCCCUCUUCAGAGGCUGCCCUUGGCUCCCCAGUGACUUCUUACCCAGGGCAUUCCCAGCCCUUGUGACUUGAACCACCGCCCCCCCCCCCCGCCCCGCUAUCUACCUUUGCGGCCUUACCAUACUCUGCUCUUUACAUAUCUCUUCACAUUCCUUUCCUAGACCUGUGGUGGUGUUGCUGUUUUCCUUCCCUUCUUACCCCCUCUGAACUCACCUUGGGGCCGGGGACUGAACUCACCUGGCCACCUGCCUGGUGUGCCUUUCUUAAGCAGUGAUAUUCAGCCUCUGCUAGAAUUAUGUAAUCAAGUCCUAUCUCUCGUCUAGAUUAUGAGUUCCCUGAGAGCAUGGCUGCGUCUUACUCCUUCCAUAGCCCCUACAGUGCCCAGCACAGGGCCUGGCACAGAGAAGAGGAGUCUGGUUCCUUAAGAUGGCCUGAUAUGAAGGCGUCACGCCUCCUGCAUCCCCAAGCCUCCAGAGCUACCCUGUGGCUGCCUUGUCCUUCAAGUGCAGGAGCCAGUCGAAAUGUCGGGAAUGGAAGCCAAUGUGACCAUCCCGAUCUGGCAAAACAAGCCGCAUGGGGCUGCUCGAAGUGUAGUGAGAAGAAUCGGGACCAACCUGCCCCUGAAGCCAUGUCCCCGGGCAUCCUUUGAGACCCUGCCCAACAUCUCUGACCUCUGUCUGAGGGAUGUGCCCCCAGUCCCUACUCUGGCUGACAUCGCCUGGAUUGCUGCAGAUGAAGAGGAGACUUAUGCCCGGGUCAGGAGCGAUACACGCCCCCUGAGGCACACGUGGAAGCCCAGCCCUCUGAUCGUCAUUCAGCGCAAUGCCUCAGUGCCCAACCUCCGUGGGUCGGAGGAGAGGCUCCUGGCCUUGAAGAAGCCAGCCCUGCCGGCCCUCAGCCGCACCACAGAGCUGCAGGAGGAGCUGAGCCACCUGCGCAGCCAGAUUGCUAAAAUAGUGGCAGCUGAUGCAGCUUCGGCUUCAUUAACGCCAGAUUUCUUAUCUCCAGGAAGUUCAAAUGUCUCUUCUCCCUUACCUUGUUUUGGAUCCUCAUUCCACUCUACAACUUCCUUUGUCAUUAGUGACAUCACCGAGGAGACCGAGGUAGAGGUCCCUGAGCUUCCAUCAGUCCCCCUGCUUUGUUCUGCCAGCCCUGAAUGUUGCAAACCAGAACACAAGGCUACCUGCAGCUCGUCUGAAGAAGAUGACUGCGUCUCUCUGUCCAAGGCCAGCAGCUUUGCAGAUAUGAUGGGUAUCCUAAAGGACUUUCACCGGGUGAAGCAGAGCCAAGAUCUGAACCGGAGUUUAUUGAAGGAGGAAGACCCAGCCGUCCUUAUCUCUGAGGUCCUAAGGAGGAAGUUUGCACUGAAGGAAGAAGAUAUCAGUAGAAAAGGAAACUGAUGGCACUCAGCUCUGCAAACUCAGUCUCAUGCUCCUGGAAUUCUUUCAAUAGCUGCCUUCCUCACUGCAGAUGUUUCUGCCUCUCAGUAAGAAAUCUGCAACAGUCUGGCUGAAAGCUAGAGCUUGGACUAAGAGAAGAGCUGCAUUAUAUGUUUUUCCAUACUUCAAACCUUAGCAGAAGCUGCCUGUUUUGAGCUGAGACACGUUACAGGUAAUUGUGUAGGUUGGAAUGUCCCAGUUUAAAGGGUGAGAUAGAAGUUUCUGGUUUUUCCUUGCCCCUGUGUGAAAAUAGGUCCUAAAUGAAUGACUGACUUCACUGCACUAGACCCCAUAACUGGUCUCACUGAACACUUUGUGCCCAGCUGUCACUUACUCUCAGCCAGUUCCUUGCAGCAGAGCAGGGCUGAGGGGAGGGGGCUAUGCUUAUGUACAUGUUCACAGGGCAGGGAAAAUCUUAUGCUGCUCCAUCAUGAACUGACACCAGUGCCCAGCAAUCACUCUCUCCCCCUUCCCUGUCCAACACCUACAUGUAGAGGUCGAGCCACUGGACCAGCUGACACGUGGGCUGCUGGGAGGCCUGGGCUGUUUUUUCUUAAAUAUAUUUUGUAAUACUGUACAACCAAAUCUACCCUCCAAAGCCCUGGGCCCUCAUUGGUUCCACUAAUUGAAAGCUCUUUCUCUUCCAUGGACUUUAGUUUAAGCCCAGUAGGAAAGAGAAAUGGAGAUGGGAAAGAGAGUACCAUCCUUCUUCCAGGCCCUUGACUGCUCCUUUGCAUUGGGCCAAGGUUUGUACCUACCACACCAUGCAUGACUCAGAUGCCCUCAGGUCCCUUUUCUCUAUGGUAUGUAUCCUGUGUGUUUGGGUUGAAGCACUACCUGACAUUAAAGGAAGGAUUUGGAGAGA